AUGGACAAACAUAACUAUGAUGAAAAUUAUGAUAAUACAAUUGCAACACCUGUUCACGCGACACCAGCAGCUACGCAAGAAAGUUUAAUGAGCCUUGAUGGACCAGAAAUUAUUUCCGCAACACAAGAAGCAACAAAUACUGAAGGAGAAUAUGAGAAUGGAACUACAGGGUUUGCCGUCUCAACUGCAACAGGACCUUGGGAAUCUGAAGAUGAUCAACUUUUAAUAGAUCUAGUUUUAUCAUAUCUUAAAGAUAUUCCUUGGAAAAAUCUUGCUGAAAAACAUUUCCCAAAUAGAACAAGACAAGCAAAAGGAAUUUAUGCUGAUAGGAAUAACGUUUGUAAAGAAAUUGAUGAAUUUUAUAUACAAUUUCCGAACGUAGAACAUGAUCUCGCUAAAAGAUUUUCUUCCGCGAGAAAACCUUUGCAUAUUUCUCAAGAAACAUUUGGAGAAUUAACAAAUCCGAACACCAUUUAG